ACAGAAAAAGAAAGAGUUCAUUAGGGCUUCCUGUUUGUUUCCACCCUGCCUAUUUCCCUGGGCGAUGAGUUCUCCUUCGAGCGAUCAAGGUGACGGGAAUCCGGGGCUGAAGCUGGAAGCUGUGAUUCAGAGGUUAGAGGACACGGUUCUAAGCCCCGAAGCCAGCAGAGAAGACAAAAGUCUCACGGUCCGAGGGGAGGGAGGGCGUGCCCCGCCCACUUCUGUGCCUGCCAGGAUUCGUCAGAUCGUCACGGGAAGCCUGGUCGAGCACCCAUUCCAAGGUCUGUGGGAAGCCUCUUCUCCAGCCAACAUGCAAGAAGAAAACCAGCUGCUGCAGAGAGAGUUGUCCCGGCUAGAGGAUAUGCUUGCCCAGACCCGAGCAGAGAAGGAUGAACUGGCAAGCAAGUACCACGCUGUGAGUGAGAGGCUGGAGAAGGCGCUGAGACUGGAAGUGGGUCAGCGGGAAGGAGAAAGCAGUCCAGCAGUUUGGGAAAUGAAGCGCAGAUUUGAGGAAGAAGAGAAGAAAUACAAAUACAAAUUACAGGUUUACCAGGAGGGGCAGCAACGACAGGCUCAGCUGGUUCAAAGACUGCAGAGCAAGGUACUACAGUACAAGAAGAGAUAUGGAGAAAUGGAGCAGCAGCUACUGGAGAACACAUCCAGAUGUGAGCACCAGAAACUGAUGCUGCAGACCCGGCUGGAGGCAGCGGAGUCCCGAUUACGCCAAUCUGAGCACGAGCUCAGCAGUGACAUGGAGAAUGCCCUUACGUGCCUUGAGGAGGAGGAACAGAGGAGCACCAGCUUUGCCCAGGUGAACUCACUUCUGCGGGAGCAACUGGAACACAUGAAUAACUCCAACCAGAGGCUGGCAGGAGAACUGGAGAAGAUGACGACAGAGGUGCACAGGCUUAGGAGAGAAGUGGCCCUGAAGGAGUCCCGAUGGCAGAAGGAGAAAGAGACCUACAGCACAUACUUGAGUAAUGAGCACGGCGGAAUCCUCAUCCUCUGGCGUCAGGCAGCCGCACUCCGCAGUCACUUUGCAGAGCUCCAGGCUGAAGCGGAGAGCGGUCUGAUGGACAUGAGAACGGAGGUGGCGAGGACUGCCCGCCGCAUCCAGACUGCCUGCCUGAACCUGGACUCCAACCAGCGCCUUUCGGAGAAUGGAGCCGCCUGCUCCCUGGAGAAACGGGCCCUGCAGGAGGCACGUCUGGAACAACAACUCCGGGACAAAGUGCGGGAGAUGAUUCAGUUCCAGAGCCGCUGGGAUCGGGAGAAAGUAGAGCUCAACUCCAGGAUCACUGAACUGACUGCUCUUGGAGAGAAGCUUAAAGAACAAAAUGCCCAGAAAGAGAAGACCAUUUCAUCCUUAAAACUGGACAUUCAGAAACUGGAAUCCAAUAAAACUGGAGGUCUGUUAGAAGUGGAGGACUUGAAAGAUGAAAGUGAAUCUUUGCAGCGAAUUUUGCACGGCAUUACUAAGUUAGCUUUAGCUGAUGCCGAAAGCUUAGAACCCUCCUCACUGGGGAGCGUCGGAGUUGCACUCGAUGAAGACUCCGGAAGACAACCGUCCCCUUUGCACUUUGGUUCAUCCCAUCGCCGCCGGACAUCCCCCAGCCGGGCCCACUCCCCCUUACACCACGAAGCAGCUCUGCAGGCUGUGAAAAGAGCCUUCCAAAAGAGACGGCAGCGAGAACAGGUUAGAAACGCUUCUAGCUCACUUUCCUUCAUGCGCUUAACACGCGCAUAUUGAUGGAAAUUGUCUCCCUUCAAACCUUGCUUCCCAGUGAAUCCAGUCCAAGAUGAUAAAAUUUCAC